UCUGAACUGGCGUUUGCUAUUGGAUAGAGUAGACUUGGAAUGAUUAUAUGCAUGUGACCUUUGAGUAAUUUCUUGUGUAUUCUCGCAGUUGUUCUGUUGGUAAACCACAAGGUUGUGUUUCUAUUUGGUAGCUCCUUUUUUUUCUUCGCUUAGUUCUUGGCCUGUUACACUUAAAUCAGCACAUUAUAAACGUCUGGGCCAAUAUGUGAAAUUUAAAAGUCACGGUAUGGUUCAUGAAGAUGCAUGGGUAGCGCGGGAAUAGUGAAUCCCUGUGUGUUUUUGUUUUGACAUAACACAUGGAGGUUCCUGAAUGUUGAAGUAAUUAGUUCAGCUAGUGUGGUGAAAGACAUUUUCAAUAAUGACAGAUCCAUUGUAUUCGGAUGACUUUUUACUGGACAUGGGCAUAGCUGUGAAGGAGGAGAUGCCGAUGGACACAUCCACUCCGUGCAUGACCGCGAGCGUGCCCAUACCCACUCGCAGGCUGGUGUGCGGAGUAGGCAACUAUAAUGCGUUCGAGUACGUAGAGAUGCCCUCCACGCCCGUGUCGCAGGGUGGCGGGCGAGACGUGCCUUUGGGCAACCAGGAUCCCUCCGACCUGUACAAUUCGCUGGGCGGGAUGACCAUGUGGGGGGCACGGGCACUGGAGGAGAGAGAGCCCACAAAGAGCGACUUGUUCCCCAUGGAUGACGACGAGUUUUUCCAGCUGGACAAGAGCGAUCUGAUCCAAGGCUCCAGUUUGGUGGAGAUCAGCGUCGGCGAUAAUUUCUUGGACGGAAUCAGCUUCGACGACAUCAUGUUGCCGGAGGAGAGCAGCGUUUGCACGAACGUGCAGGUUGCCGGCGGCGUCCAGACUCAGACGGCGAACUUCCCCGCGGUCCAGGUGACGGGCUCGGGCACACCUUCUGGCAGCGGAGGGUUCGCACCCUCGUAUCCCGGAGUGGCGUCCCCCGUCAGCCACCACAGCUCCAGCUCGUCGCUGCCCCACCACUCGGCAGCAUCGUCGGCCACCCCUCCCCCCUCGGGAGCCAGCCCCCUGCACUACAGGCACAGCACGCUGCACGAGCUGCUGCUGAGGAAGGAGACCUUGCUGCCCGACCGCCAGCUGCUGGGCCAGUCGGUGCCCGGCCGGGCGAGCAGGCCGUCGAGGGAGAGCCCCGUGGCCGCCGGCGCAGUGUCCGUGUCUCGCCUGUCGUCCUCCGCCCCCACCCACCUGGGCUUCGAGCAGAUCUGGCAGCGGAGGGAGCCCCGCCCACACCUCCUCUCCACCAGCUCUCUGGCCGAGGCAGAGUCCACGUCCUCCCUUUCCACGGGUGGUGUUUUAAGCCCAGAAUCUCACGAUUUGUCACAUGAUGAACACUUGGAUUCAGAUGACAACAGCGAUCACUACGAAGAUUUCUCAUCAGAUGGAGAGUCCAGUGAUGGGGAGGGCCUAAGUUCCCUGAAGACGUCCCCGAGCAAAAAGGAGCGAUACUUCUGGCAGUACAAUGUUCAAGCUAAGGGUCCCAAAGGCAUGCGCCUUGUGUUGAAGACUCAGUUGGAAGACCCUCAUGUCCUCAAUGAAGUAACAGAUCCAGUUUUCAGUCCAGAAUGUUCUGUGCAGGGAAUAAAGCACAGCGGUAAGGCGAGGAAAGGGGACGGCAAUGACCUGACCCCCAACCCUCGCAAGCUGUGCAGCAUCGGGCGAGAGCUGGACAAGCUGGCCCGCAUGAUCGACGACAUAACCCCGGUCAGCGAGCUGCCGUUCACCGCACGCCCCAAGACCAGGAAGGAGAAGAACAAGCUGGCCUCCAGGGCAUGCAGGCUUAAGAAGAAAGCUCAGCAUGAAGCCAACAAGAUCAAGCUCUACGGGCUGGAGCAAGAGCACAGGCGACUGAACAUGGGCAUCGCCCAGCUGAAGCAACUGCUGGCUGCCAAGUUCUCUGCUGAAGACUCCGAGGCUCAGGAGGAGCUCACGAGGCACAUGGACCGUGUCGUCAAGGCAGCCACCAAAUUGAAGAUUGCAGGCAGCACCACUGACUUUGUGAACCGCAUCUUAGACAAGGUGAAAACUGGCAUUCCUGGUGGUGGUCUGGAUGAAAUAUGAGGAUGCCUCACCUACAUGUAUCACAUAUGCUAUAUGUUACUAGAAAUAUUCAAGUUCUAGUAUGUAUUAAUGACCAUGUGUGCAGUUGGUAGGACUACGUAACUGGCUAAAAAUGUAUGAUAUACAGCGGAGACAUGUACCUCACUUUACAGAAGGAAUAUUUUGCACUAUGUGCGAGUUUAAUGUGAAGGCUGACCCAUAGUGUAAUGUCAGGUAUAUUGAAAAAACACCAAGCCAUAGACUAUUAUUUAAAUUGUUAAAGUUGAAUAGUGGUUUUGCUGGCUUUGAAGGUGGGUUGAAUUACUUUAAGGUGGAGUUUUUAGAAGGUAAUUAUUUUUUUAAUAUUUCAAAUAUUUAUAUAUGUAUUUAAUUUUUUAAUGUGUAAUAACAUCUAGGCCUACCCAGGUGUCUUUGUGUAAAUGAUUUUACUUAAUUUUAAAUAUUACAAGUUUUUUUACUCAUUUUUUGGUUGCGAAACCAUCUCAAUAUGUUGAUUGUAAUUUCUCAUAUUUUAGCAUUCAUAAUCCAUAUUACUGAACUGUAAAAGUUCUUUAGUAAACAAGUUGUUUAAUGUUUGAGUAUAUUUUUUACUGGAACAAAUAUUAUGAGGUUUGGGAAUAAUGAUUUAAAUCCAUUGGAUUUGCUUAUAUUAAACAUUUUUAAACUACAAAGGAAGGUCAGUGAUUAGAGGUGUUUAUUUUUAUUUAACUGCAGGCACGAUACCUUUACCAAGGAUGGAGUUAUAUUGACGUAUGAGCAUAGGUUAAUAAUUUUAAUAUGUAUCUGUUUUAGACUACAUUUUUUAUUUUUACCAGCAGGAAGGCUCUCACCAUCUACUUCCCUUCUUGUUCUCCUAUCUUGUUUUCGCCCAGCAAUGUGUGCAUUACUUUCGAUGUAUAAUUUAUGUCUCAAAUAUCCCACUGACGACAGCAAGGACAUAGCAAAAAUACAGUUUCAGAGAAAAAUAUACACAAAAUAUUCAAUUAGAACUUCUGAAAACCAGGCGGUAAACAGUUAAAAACAUUAAUUCCAGUGGGGAAUAGUGAUGGGUUGAAUGGUCUGUAAAUCUAUGAAAAUUGCAGGCGUCAAUGACAGAGACCAUUCCCUUCCUUCACCGCCUUGCACUAGCCACUGGCCCUCACAGAUGGUGAUAACACCCUGCAGGAAGUCUCGGAACGUAAACAGAGUUUUUUAUGUGAAAUCCCGAACCUUUUUUGUCCCUCUUUUCACUAGUAACAGGUAUGAUCAUUUCAACUAAACAUAGACAUAUAGAAAAAGAACCCCAGCUCAAUAUUCUUUUUAAAGUUAUCAGGAAAAUAAAUUACCAUGAUUUAAAGUUGUCUAGUACUAAUUAACUGUAGGUAUUACCUACGAUGUUUGCAGCUUUACAUCACUUAUAACUAGAGACCCAGAAAUAUCGCAACUCAUGAAUUUGUGGAACAUCACCAAAUGCUAUUAAAAAGCAGAAAUAAUUUUAAUGAAAGUUAAAUAUGAUUUAAAAUUUUUGUGGUAUAAUUAUGGUUAAGAGGGGUGCUGAUGAGUCAUGUUAAACAAACACCAUUUAUUAAGGCAUACUGUAUCUUUGGAGUGACUUGAAAUUGUGUGGAGGUUAACCUAAAAAUGAGAACCGAGAACCAAGAACUGAUUUUUAAAAACCGGAACCAAACCAAGAACCUGGGGAAAAAAAAGUAAAACUGACACAUCACUAGUGAGGAAUAAAAUUGAUUUAAUCAUAAAAAUUAAAAACAAAUAUCAUUCACUAGAGCAAUUGGUUAUACUUAUCAAUUUUUAUAUUUGUCAGCUAUUACAUUUCUUUUCAAUGAAAUGACGUCGUGACUUUGACUCGCGAGACCCUGCACCACACAGUUCUGGCAGCUCUGGUCAAUCCUCUUGGUCGUACCACUAAAUACCAUAUAAUUUCACUAAUGAAAAAAAUUUUAAAGUUAUGUAUUUGACUUUUGACACCCUUUACCCUAUACUCAUAAUCAAAAGGUUUAUAAUCCAGUUAUUUUCGGGAAGUGUUUUAUAUUAGAACUAGGAUCCUGAUUCUAUUAACUGCCUCUAUGCCUUUUCAUUACACACUUAGGCAAUACUUGCUGAUGGUUUGGUUGGUAGUUAUAAAGAACCAUCAUUUGAAAAAAUAAACUUUUGGCUCGUGAAACUAAAAAGAAGUCACGAAGUUUGUGUGGAAAAUGUGGAAUAUUUAUAGCAACAUUUUUAUACUGCAGUUGCAUCGAUUAGAUAAUAUUCCAGGUAAUUUAUGUAUAAUCAACUAAAAAUAUUUUUCAAAUUUUGAUGCCCUUAAUUAAUGUAUUUAAAUGUUCUUUUUGUCAUAAAGUGAUGCAUUGAAACAAUAUUGUUAUCUAUCUUGACGGUACUGCAGGUUGUAUUAGUCAAACCAGGCAGCUAGCAUUUUGUAAUCUGCAACUACUUACUAUGUUAAAUGAGAGAACAGAUUUCUUAUGAUCCAAUCCCUUUUUUAGAAUAACAGAAUGCAAAAGGCUAAUCGCUUAAUUGUUUCAUGGAUACAGUUGCUGCCGAUACAAUUUAUUGUUUGUUAAUGCAUUUAUAUGUACUCUUAAUGUUGGGCCUUUUCUGUAAUUUUAACCAAAAUAUUACAUCCCAUUUAAAUUUUUUUAUGAACAUGUUACCGAGUUUUCCAGUAACAUUUGUUAUUCCUACUGUCUGACAUAUGCUGUAAACAAUGUGCACAUUUUCACAGUUAAAGGGCAGUAAUAUCAUUUCUGAACUUGAGCAAAAGAAUGUUGGGACCACAGUGAAUCUAGGAUUUACUGGUUGAUUACAACCAAGGAAUGAAGAAAAAGAAAUUAUGAAUAAGUAUAUGAGUUUGCUUCUAAAUGCAGAAAGGAACAUUAAUUUAGUUUGCAUAUUUCAUGUUUGCUUUAUUACCUGAAAAAUAUUUUAAUUAUAUACUAUCCCAUUCUGAAAGAAAAAGUUUUGUCAGUUUUUUUAGGACACAAACCUGUUUGACAUUAGAGAUGUUUGUGAGGAUGAAAUUUUUUCUUGAUUUUUUAUAUACAUACAUGCUGCAAGUUAUAAAUAUUAAUAACUAAUAAGUUUCUGAUCGUAAGGUAGGGCAUACUUAAAAUUUAAGCCAAUUAUGGUAUUGUGUGGCAAGACAUUGUGGUCGUCUUCAUUACUAUUGACUUGAAAAGUGGCAGGAUACACUGUUUAAUUUUAUGAUUUAAGCUACAUACUAAUGUAGUUUAAUAUGGUGCUUAAUGCCAUAAUUAUUGUACUCAAAUCCCUAUCUUAAUAAUGCACACAUAUUCUAUGCCAGUAGGUAUUUAGCAUUCGCGAUAUAAGGGGUAUAAUUGAAAUUUGUACAUUUAGUACUGAUUAAACUAUUAAAAUAUAUCCUCUUUGUCCUACCAACUCCAAACAUGCAUUACAAAUUUGUUUAUUUUUGUUUGUAACAUACUUAAUCUAUAUAUGCUCAUACAUAUAGGUACAUAUUUAUAUGUUGAUGUUUUUUCUGUUUUUUAUGUUUGUGAGUAGUUUUAAUAUGGUGUUUCUUAAUUUAUAAGCAAGCUCUUUUUUAUGUUCUGCAGCGGUAUUGUUAGUGUUAUGCUGUACAAAAUGCAACAGAAGGCGAUGUGUUGUGAUAAGUACAAGUACCUGUUUCAAAGUGCUCUUGUGCCACGUGUUGCUGUUAUUAUUGUUGAGUGUGUGACUUGUACAGUAGCAUAAAACUUUUGGUUUCUAUGUUACAUACUUUGCCAAACGUUUGUGCCAAUGGCUUCUGCAGUGGGUGGCAUCAUCUUGAAGCUUUGCAAUUCAUUUGCGAGAAAGUAUUUGUUGUCAAAUGAAGUUGAUAAGAGGAACAUAUGCUUUCAUACAUAUCUUUUAAUUGCAGAGAGAGUCUAGUGGCAGAAAAAUUUAAAUAAAUUUUCCUCAUUGGUACAAUAAACAUAUUUUAAUUCUGAUUGUAAUGGAUCAUAGUAGGGAAAGUUUUUUGUGUGUGAUGAGAAAUAUUUACAUUAUUCUUGGUGGGUCAUGGCUAGUACUAAGAUAAAAAUUAUAAUUAAUUAUGUUUAGAGAGUAGAAAGUAAUAUGUACAUAUAGAGACAGGCACUGCUUUUAACCAAUUUUUUUUUUUUUUAUCUGUAAGUUCUUGUUGUGAAGCAGUGCAAUUUUGUGGUUGAGUUAUGUGCUAGAAGGUUACAUAUUAUACCACAUAAUACUUUUCUAUGUGUUUUAAAAAAAUCUCCUUUUCUAUACCAUUUAACAGAUAAGAAUACAGUUUCAUAGUUACAUAUUUACUUCAAUUGCCUUCUUGUAUUUUACUGAAAACCUUUUAGCAUCUGUUCUACCUUUUUAAAUAAUUCAUACUUCAUAGACAGUUUUACAGGUAUCAGUGUAGGUGAGAUAAUUUUAAUAUUUUAAUACCUAGUAUGCUGUGUCCAGGACUUAAACUAGUUUGUGUCUGCUUCUAUAUUUUAAGAACUAAUGACAAAAUUUUACAAUCUAGGUUUAUCUAAUCUGGGUAAAUGAUUAUACAUUUCAUGUUGUUAAGGCUGUCUUACUUUUUACAUACUGUAAACUUCUUAAAAGACUUUCAUUUGAGGUUUCACAAAUUUAUUAUAAAUAAAUAGUCAUGACUCAUCAAGUCAAGUUGAUAAAUAUAUCACUGAGACAUAAUGUAAAUUGAUAGUUUUUUUAAUAACUGAUAGUUCCUAUUAUUAUACAGUGCUUGUACAGUCAUAGUUGUUUCUGUUAGUUGUUUUGUACAUUGGUUAUAUUCGUUGUAUUCUAAAUGUCUGUCCAGGUUUUGACAACAUGUGUUAAUUUUUUUAUUUAUCAUGUUAGUUCUAGUUAAUCCCAUAAUGGUAUGUAUUGAUAAAGUUUGCAUGUUUUCAUGACUUUUUAUAAUGAUAUUUCAAUAAUUGUGUAGUUCAAACUAUUUUUUUCAUCAUCCAUUAAACAGUGUUCUUUAAGGGGUUCUACUUUAGCAGCAAUUUCAUUUUAUGAUAAUUGGGUACAAAUAAAAUACAGCAGGUUAAAUGGUUAAAACUUACGUUGAAUAUUAUCAGUAAAGUUAUAAAAGUUGUAAAUUAAUUAGUAUUUUGGUUCUUUGUACACAUCCUAUGUACAUACAUAUUUUUUCCAGUUUGUAAAUAGAAAUAAUGAACUAUGUAUAUGUCAUCACCCUGUGUUGGUACAUAUUUUAAAUAGAGAUUGAUAGUUAGCUGUUGUGUUGAUUCAAAUGGAGUCGAGAUACUGUGACCUGAUGGCUUGUAGGGUAGUUAUGAUGUGAGCUUAUUGCCACACGUGUUGCAGCCGUUUGGCCAUGCAGUGGCCCAGAUAUGCACGGACCACCCAUUAGUUAUGAUCGGUGGCACUGCCAUGAUUGUUGAGGUUCAUGAUGUGGACAUCCCAGUGGCUGGUGCAACUAAAAUAGCAUUUACCUGAAUAUAAUGCUGUAAUAUCUUCACCAAAACUGUGGAAACUAAAAGUGGGGGUCGCAUUAUAAUCGCAAAUUUGUAUCAUGCCAUUGGGAAUGGCUUUGUUGGAAAACUUCAGACUCUGCUUGUAAACUGCAUCACUUAACGCCUCUUUACUCUGAGGCUUCCGGAACCUCUGCGCAGGUGUGACAGAUGAGAGAUGCAGGAUGAAGGAGAGGGUGCAAAUGGAGUUUGUCACUGGGUUCCUUCUGCUUCUCUCUACUGGGGCUCCCCUCUUCUUUCAUCUUCCUAGGCGACCACCUUGUAUCACCACAUUCUGUGCUUUCUGAAUAAGCUGCCUUUGAACUGCAAUCAUAAAAUUUUUUUAAUGGCACGUAAAUCAUUCUACUGACAAGUGGCACCAGAAAAACUCAAGACAUUAUGGUAUAAAUGUACUAAUUUUAAUAAUUUUCAAGUGCUAUGUACUUGAAUUUUGUGAUUUCUAAUCCAUAAAGUCUUUUUCAUAGACUCAUAAUGAAAACGUUUGGGGUCGCAUUAUAUUCAGAGUUGCAUUAUUUUCGGGUAAAACCAGUAACAAUUAAUUAACUCUGCUUCAUUACCCAAAUUGUUUGAAGGCAUCUGUAAUGGAGAUUAUAUAUAUAUAUUUUUUUUUCUGUACAUCGCCCCUUAAAGUUUAGUUUGCGCAUUUCUUAAGUAACAACACCAAUGGAUUACAGCAUGAUUUGAAGUAGCCCGGUCAUAUGUUCUAAGUAACGCUUUUAUCAGUUACGGGAAUAUUUAUUUCUGUGCACACACAAUGGCAACGGCACUUGUGAAGCAUUAAAUGCAAUGCAACAAAUUAAUAAUGUGACGAAUCAACAAAUGUUAUUUUCCCCUUUCCUUAAUAGCUAUUUGCUCCCUUCAUUCCAAUGAGGCACGCUAUAGUGUUCAGCCAACAUUUAUAUUAUGUCAUCCCAUAUGUCAGCAGCAGCUCUGGUGAGAAAGCCAGAAGCUAUUAGGGCUAGUUUACCUUGUGCCCACUAGGAUAUGCUAGUGGCAAAUCAUGCAGACACAUUUAGUAAACAAAAGUCAGAAUUAGGUUAAUAUUAAAUAUUCUUUUCUAAUAAUAAAAAACAUGAAGUUUAUUCUCUUUUUAAAUCUUAUUAAAAUUUUAUAUAUCUCCUAUAUUAAUUAAAUUAUUAUUUUGUAACUUGGAAAUGUUGUUAGCGCCUACUUAGUAGUAUUAUGCCCAAGCUCUGUUGUGUAAACAAUGCUGUCUGUUAAUUUUUUUUUGCACUGUAAUUUAAUAUUAGUUUGUUUAAUCUCAAAAUGUGAUUUAAAUGUACUUUAAAUCUAUUUAGACUUAUAUUAGUACUGUAAUUUUAGUUUGACAAUAGUAGUGUCUUAAUUAAAAUGGUAGUCAUCAAGCACAUUUACCUGAUUGGAAAACAAAUUAUUUUUAUUAACAUUCACUCUUAUUGUAAAAACGAAUUAGGGCAUUUUUUCGAGGGGCGGGUGUAUUCUAUUAAAAUGUCUGAUAAUUUUUAAGAAUCAGUGCAGUUAUAAAAAAUUCGUCCGAAAAGAGGGUACAGUUUUGUGCAUAAAAAAUUCGUCCGAAAAGAGGGUACAGUUUUGUGCUGGGAAAACCUACACUUAUGUGAUUUGAGGUCCUAACGUUAGAGGGCAUGUUUAAAUUUAGGUCUUAUCAGAGCAGCUAGUUGCUUGCCCUUUAAAACUGAUUUGUUCUGUUGAUUCUUUGGCACGCUGGCCUGAGUGAUAUGUGUGUGCGUUAGUGACGUGUCAUGCUAUUGUGAAAAAUUGUUUUGAAAAAAUAACUUAAGUUUUUUGCAAGCUGGAAUGUGAUAGUACAUGAAAAUGUUAGAAUGUGACUUGCAACCCUUUAUAAUUAUUAAUGAAAAUCAUUUAGAUUGAUGCAAAUACUGAAAGAGACUAAAACAUUGUUUUUAAUUCAAGGGGGGUGGGGGGAAAAUAUUUAAGAGCUAUGUACACUUUGUACACUUCAUUAUAAUCAUGUAAGUUCUUAAUGUGCACUUGUAGGUAGAAUACAUUUAGGCCUAUAACCAAUAUGAAUAUGCUGCUCUUUGACAGAGUAAAAUACAUGAGUUUAAAUAACUCCACCUAUUUACAAUUGUUUUAACAAAAAAAAAAGCCUUAAUAUUUUUAACACAAAAAAAAUUCUAACUCGGAAACAAGCUUUAAUGAUUGGGCUUUAAUAUUUUGUUACUUGGUAGCAACUAGUUUUAUAUUUCAAUCUUGAUAGCAUCUCAAACAUUGUUAGAUUUAUAUUUUAAUUUAAGUUUCCAUUAUGGACAAACUAUGAUCCUUAUUCUUUUUAAUGUUUUUAGUUCAAUGUUUUACAUUCCUUUUACUGCUAUUUUAGCAAAAUUGGCUAAGAUUAAAAGUAUGCAUUCACAAAAAUUAUGUUGGCUGAGCUUUCAAUUGUAAAGGACAGCUGAAUUCUAAUAAUAAGACGAUAUCAAGACCAACAGUAAUAAAUUGCAAGUACAAGAGUUCUGUCACACACACAUAACACAUAUAAAAUGAUUGCACUUAAAUAGUAAUAAAACUCGCAAUUCAAAUGACACUAGGUAGAACAAAAUUAAUUUUCUAGAAGUCAUACCUAUCUUGGAUUUACCUUUGUUAUAAGCUUUUUCAUGCUGAACUAAGUGACCUGAAUUCAAUCUUUACCUUUCCACUCCAAUUUAUUUUGUAGUUGCUGCUGUUCUUGCUACAUCAGUGUUAGCUGUUACCAUGUAUGUAUAUACGUGAGUAGUUGGACCUUAUUGGGCCACCCAUUACCAAUAGUAAGGUCACGCCUAUGUUGCAACACAUUUUCUUACAGUGUUAAAUAAUUUCAAUAUCAUGUGCCUGUGAAUUUAACUUACUUUUCAGUGGUAGCUGCAAAACAAAAGCAACUUCAAUAGUAAUAAGGGUUAUUUUUUAUAGAAACAUCAUAAUGUCUUAAUAAGUAUGUAAACUAUAGGUUUGUCUAAGUGAUAUUUGAUACUGCAUGUUUAUCCAAAUUUUGUCAAAAGUUUAAAGGGGGAAAAAAAUUGUUUUAACUAGUAAACUGUUGAAUGUAAUGUUUCAGGAUGAGUUUUAAUUUUAAAAUUCAUCCCUAUGUGGACAGAAUAAAUUUUUAUUUAUUAUUUGACCUUUUGCUGCUGUCAGGGCCUGGUUCUGUUUUUGAUUAGAAUUUUUUAAUGUACAGCAUUACACUAGCAAAUGUGCCCUUCCAGUUGUUUGUGUGAUGUUUACAUACGUAAACAUUAAUUUAGUAGAGAAAAAUAUUGAAAUUUCCACUGGAAGGGCUAGUGCAAACUGUAAAAAUCAAGCAUAUUUUGUAAUGCAAACACAUGCAUGGUUUCAUCUUGGUUGGUUGCACAUGUAUUGUUUUCAUCCAGAUUCAACUAGUUUUUAACUACAGUGACCUUAGAAUUGAAUGAUUUGAUUCCCAAGAAAUACCAGCAUAAAUGGAAGCCAUGGAAAUUAAAACUGACUUAACAUAAUUUUGUUUUAGUAAGUAUUUUUUGAUACUGUGAAUAGGUUGUACAUUUGAUACAGAUUAAUGUGUAAAACAAGGCAAAUUGAAAAGUGAUUCCAUGCAACAUACAGUUGCUCUGGUUUAGAACGACUCUGAUAACUCUACUCAUGCCGCCCGCCUUGCAGGCAGGUCCAGGCGAGAUAUUGUGGCACAAUGGCUUUGUUCUGCACGAGACCCUUUCUUCCCCAUGCUUGUAGAGAUGAACUGGCUGUUGGCAGUCUCUUGCUAUCAUCUCACUUAUCCUUCCACAGCCAUCCGCAUGCACGCGUAAGAGUUCUUGAGUUGUAACAACCACGGGAGGCACACUCAAAAUACAUUACCACAGACACGCUAACUUGGUCACGUGCAGUUCUGCAUUUUUGCAUAUUUUGAAUACUUAUUUGUUUUAUGAGGUGCAUUAAUUACCAAGAUAUCUAUCCAUGGAAACAAAUUUAUGUUUCAAUAAAUGUUUCAAUAAAGUAUUCUUUUAACGUUACUGUUAGAAGCUGCUGAAAAUGGACUAGCACUGACCGCUUGCCAAAAGUUGGUUCCGUGAUUUGCCUUGGCUACGAUAGGUUAUGUAUGCCCUUCUGAACUACCAAUUUAUUCAGAACACAUCCUUUGUUCCACUAUUUAACAAACAUUUGUAUUAAUAAACAAAUCACCAAAAAUUUUCAAAAGAUGCAACUAAAUAAAUUAAAUUAGUAAAUAUUACUACAGGGUGAUUUUAAAAGUACGAAUAGAUCUAUGUAAAUCAUGUGGAUUGGUUUACAGAUUAUAUGCGAUUUUGGUUUAUUCGUGGCAUUACUCCCCUUGAUUAGCGCAGAGUCUACUGUAGUUUAUAUAACUGUUGAUGACUGAGUUAAUGCAAUUAUGUAUUAUGAAUGUGAAUGUACGUAGUGCUAUUGUAGCAUUGCCAAAACUUUGUAAAGUUGUGUAUGUGAAGUCAAUAGAGAACCUAUCAGCAGGAUAUUGUGUAAUUGUUCUUGAAUAUUAUGGUACUAUAAUCUUGAGACAUUUACUAAUACAUUACUUAUGAAUAAGAAUAUUGAAUGUUGCUUUCACUGAACAUGUCAGUAACUAAUCAAAAUCAACGAUUGAGUCCAAGAUGUAAAAAUUAGAAUUUAGGCUGUAGUAUUUUAGGAACUGACUCAUUUCUUGUUGGGUUUCAUCAUUUUGUGGUCAUGAUAGUUGAUGAUGGAGUUUUGCUAGUAUGUUAAGUAAAAUGCACUUUACUAUUUGAAUACCAAUGUUCAUGUAGCUUAUCAGACAUCCUAAACCUAAAUGCUUAUCCAGUUGUUCUCUCUGUGCAAAGGUAUCUGCUUGUCAUUUUGUAGCAGAGUUUAACACAGAAGUAGUUCAGGUAUUAACCUGUACUUAUUAGUGUAGUAGAAAAUACUUUAUAUUUUGUUAUAAUUGUUGCUGCUGUGAAGCGGAAACACUGAGCGUGCACAUAUUGUUGUUGUCGUAAACAUACCAUGAGCUUGUCAGUUAAGAGAGUUUAUAACAGGGUUGAGGAAAACGCUGUGAUAUAGUGAUGUGUGUCAUUAUUAUAUGAUCACUAGUAAUAUGUAGUGUAGAAAGGAAGUAGCUUUCAAGAUAUGUUGCAGGUGGUAACAAUUUACUCGUACGUCAUAUAUACUGGUCAUUGAUUGUUUUUUCUUCUUCAUUGUUGAAGCACAUUCUGUUCUUCAAUCAGUGUGUGUUGGCCAGCAUGUAUCAACUUUUAGAGAUGGCUUAUUGUGGCCAUUUAAACCAGUUGCUUCAGCUGAUGAUGAAUUCAAUAUUUCCUGUGAAUUGCAGUUGUGUUUUUUUUAUAAUAUAGAAUCUCUGUAAUGUAGCCAAUUGUAUUUUUUUAUUUUGGUUAAAAAAAUAAUCUAUUUUAUUUUUAAAUGACUUUAACUUUUGUAGUGUUCUGUUUAAUUAAUUUUUUAUUUCAAAUUAUUAACAUAUUUCUGAUGUAUAUUUAUAGUCAGUAAUUAAAAUUUAACUAGUGGUAUUUAAACUGCAUAAAAGUACACAUUUUUUUAAACCUUAAAAUAUUAGUUUUUUUUUUUGUAUAUGGUGUUAAGGUGCAACAAUUAAGACACAAAUUUUCCAUAAUUGUAUCAGACUGUUUCAAUUGGUAUUUUAGUUUUUUUCAAAUAUCUAAUGUUAAAAUAAUCUCUAAUUUCAGUAUAAACUUAAGGAGAUAUAUGGGCCGUCUUCAGUUUCCUAUCAUAAACACACUUCUAAGAUGAACAGAUACAUAAUCUAUGGAGCUAUAUACAACAUGUUCAGGAACUAUUUUUUUCAAAAUCAUGCAAAAUUUUCUUGAGUAUAGCAUGCUUAUGGUCUGAACAGUGAAAUUUUCAUGAUAAUUCCUCAGCCGUAAAGGCAUAGCUUGAAAGCUUACUUGAUGUGACCUAAGUUUAAAGGCGCCAUGCUACUAUAUUCUAUUUGACUAUGUGAUAUAAAGCUUUAUAAUAGGUGAUGUUAGUUUCGGUAAAUAUUUUUAUACGUUUCUAUUGUAAGGAAAUAAUAAAAAUCCCACAGAAUUGUUGUCUUUGGCAUGUAACCCAGUAGUGAAUGUGUUAGUUUUCUAGUGACUGUGAUGAACAUAAGUUGUUUUUUUUUUAUUGUGGAGUACCAGGUUCUGUGAAAACUGUGCGAGUAACUGCUGCCCAGAUGCUGGCAAGGUGCUGAAUUGUGGUGCAAUGAAUAGUGAAUAGUAAAACUGUUGAUGCGAGCGGCAUAAACUAGUCAAAGAAUCUAAGUGUUGUAAAUGUUGGCGAGGGAUCGCGGAGCGCUCGGUUCCUGGUGGUGUUCAGUAGCAUGUUCAUGCUCAGUUCCUCCAUUGCAGUAACACAAUUCAUUUUUGUACCUGACGCAAUGCUGUCUAUAGGUUUGGCAAUUGCCAGUACUUGGCUCUGCCUUGUGAGUUAAUGUUUAUUAACUAAAGUGCAUGGACUAAUAUUAGUUUAUUGGUAAUUUAUCGCAUGUAAUAUAUAUAGUAUAAGAACAUAUUUUAAAUACAAAAUAAAGUUAGUGUAUGUAUAUUGUUAUGGACAGUUGAGACAGAACAUCUGACUUGUAAAUUGUUAUAUUAAUAAUUUGGGUUUGUGCCUUGUGUAACUCAACUGUUUUUUCAUAUUUUAUAUUUUUUGUCUUCUAUUUGUUGCCAAGGUAUGUACCUGUUUGAGAUAAUCAAUGUCUUAUCUAGAUUUGUUGCUAGGAUGUGCUUAACAUUGUUACCUGUUAGGGCUGUGCAAACUUGCAUAAUUAUUUUUAAGAUUAAACCAAACUCAAACUUCCAACCACUCAUGGGAGGGGAGUUGAUUUUUAAGAAAAUUAAUUUUUUUUGCUGCCUAUAUGUACACAGAGAGUGGGAUGAAAAUUAAGUCUAUUCACAAUAAAAUGAAUUGGUUUGUAAACCUUAAAAUUAUGUGUUACAUGCAGAUAGUAUUUACAGUUAAUAGUCUACAUUCUAGGUCAUGUGUAAAAUUUAACGUUAAAUCUAGUACCUAUAUUAAAAACAUAAAUUGUCAGAUUUGUUUAAAACUUCAAUUUUAAAAACUGAAAAACCAUAUAAUUAAAAUUUAAAAAAAAAAUUUGGAUGUAAGAGAGUGCAUCUGUAUCGCAAAGAAUUUAAGUAAUGAUGUGUUAAAAAUUAUUAUUUUUUUUUUUUUUUAGUUUUUAGUUAGUGACUUUGAAGUGCAAAAAUUUAACAAUAUUUUUUGUUAUAGAAAUUUGGGCAUUUAACAAAUUUUAUUGAAUACUAAUAUUUCUUAUAUCUGUUAAACUUUAAAUUUUCUGUAAUAAGUUUUACUAUUAAUAAUGUUAAGAUAAUGUUGCAAUGUUGAAAAAAAAUGUUGUGUUCUCUAUGUACGAACAGAAGUACGUAAUUAUUUUUAUUUAAAAAAACUGUCUCUUUUGGUGAAAGAAUAAUAAGGAAAAUGUUUAUCACCAACCACACUUCAGUCAGAAACUCGACAUUAGAAGAAUUGCAAACAAAAUCACAAUGUAAAUAAAGUUAUGGAAUAUCAUCUUAAGAUAGAUUCAGUGCAGAUAUUCUGAAAUUUUUCUUCUGUAGAAACAUUCUGUUGGGAACUAAAAUUUUUGUUACAUAGAAAUAUACUUCUAUAAAACAAUUUUUUUUGUUUUAUAGGAAAAUGGACACAGCAGAGUAAUGAUUUUUUUAUUUACAGUGGUACCUCUUAUUUACAACCCUUGAAAUAAUCAUUUACUUCAUUUUAUGCAGCUUUUCUGUACCCGUAAUGUAAUGCUGUUACAGUAUACAUUUCCUUGGUUUACUCUCUGUUGUAUUUCAGUCCACGGAGAAGUCUAAGUAUAGGCUAUUUUUGGCUACAAACAACAGAACAAUUCAUAUAUAUCUUUUAUUUUUAAUGAUUUGCUCUGUAUUGGAUUAAAUUAUACGGUAAUGACAAAUUAUAUAGUUUAGAAAUAACCCAUUACAUUGAACGUGUACAGUUACUAGUACUACAUAUUGUUUUAGACUUUCCAACUGGCAGUAUUUAGUAAUUGCAUCAGUGAGUUACAAUUCCAGACUAACUGAAAGUCAAAAAUACAUUUGACUUGCAUUUUGAUGCAUCUCAAUGUACAUUUGCAGGUUCAGAAUGUGCAUGCCUUGGUAGAUAAGCUGCUUUUUAGUUCACUUAGUUUUUUAAAAUGUAUUUAUAGUUUUUAUCAGAACUUUCAAUAUUUUUCAUAGUUUAAAAUAGACACAAAUUUUUUUCAUGAUGCACUGCAUCAUAUUAUGCUAUGUUUUGUGUUUUAAGACCACACAUAUUUUAAGGUGAACAUCUGUUAUUUGUAGUUGUGUAUUAAUAUUGAUUCUUCAUAAAUUGAGAGUGUAUUUAUAUUAUAAACCUACAUGUAGGUAUGUAUUUAUCAACCUGAGCCAAAACUCGUUUUUGAUACAUAUGAUACGUAAUUGUUUUGUCAACAUUUAUUGACCACUUAGCACAACAGUCAAUUUGGCAUAGAUGUGCAUUUUACCAAAGAUUGUGACCACUUUGUAAGUGACUCGGUAUGUAUUUUUUACAUUCUGCUAAUUAUACUUUUAUUGAAAAACAUAAAAUGAAAAUUGUCUCUUUAAAAUGUGGUAAUAUUCUGAUAUCCUAUUAGUAAAACAAAGUUGAUAUCAAUACCUACAGUAUUUCACUAUGUGUAGAUAGUUAUAGCAAUUAUCCUGUAGAAGUUUUUAUUAUUUUACCACUAUAAUUUUAUCUCUGUCAUUGAUUGGUGUGUGAAAGAAUUUCAAUGUGUUUCAUUUGUUAACUUUUUUACUGUUUGCAGUUGUGUUGUAUUUUUCUCAAGUAUUUUUGUUUAGAAUUUUUAACAAUGUUGUGCCAGAUGAUUCAAGCAGUGUAAAUUCUUGUUGCAUUUGUACAGAUUCUGUAUCGAAUGUCAAAUGAAUAAAGAGUUAAAUUGUUUGAGCACAUA